AUGGACCUCAUGGACCCAAACGUGGGAUUUCCUUGCACGACAGAUGGUGAGAGCGAUGGCGUAUUCGGACUGACGCGACAGUAUGCAGGCCAAGAUCCCAAUGCCGAAUCCAAGCCCCGAGUCGCGAAAGCCUGUGAGACGUGUCGGAGAAGGAAGCGAAAGUGUGAUGGAAACUCUCCGUGCUCGUCUUGUGUCAAGAACAGCAUUGAAUGCGUUUAUGUGCUUGAAAGAAAGAGGAAACAACGAGACUCCGAGCUUGUGUCCAGCCUUGAAGAUCAAGUCCUUGCCCUCAAAGACUACGUACGAAAACUUGAGGCUGCAUGCGGGUAUGCCAACCUUCCAGGCUUUGCAUCGAGCAGUCUAGAAGAUGAGGGGCCUGCGCACACUGUAGACGACAGCCAAAGCUCCGCCAUCAAUGACGUGAGCUCCAUGAUGUGGCGGAUGAACAUUCACGGCGGAGAAACCUCCUUUGUUGGUCCGUCUGGUAGCUUCUGCUUCCCUGUUAGUGGCCAUGUUGAGACUCAGUCCACCAGCCAUGAGGUAGAAGAGAGUGUUCAAGUGCUACUCGACCUGUUCCGACAACAUAUCAAUUCGGUCCACCAUUUUGUGUCUCAUCAAGUGAUUGAGACUCUCAGAGCGCCAGAGAGUCUUGAUCGUGAGCUGCUGCAGGCGUCAGUCCUGGCAGCAGCAAGUCUUUUCACCAAUUCACAGGGUCAGAUGUAUGCGGACCAAGCUGAGGCUAUCGUGAUGAAGUGUUGCCGCACAAUUCCCAACGUCGUGACGAUACAGGCUCUGGCGAUAUUGACUUGGCGGGAGCUUGCGCUGGAGAAUGAGAACAAUGCAUGGCUGUAUAAUUCCAUGGCGGCGAGUCUUGUAGUUCACCUCGGGCUGCACGUGAGCUCUCUCGAGAAUGUCAUGCAGGUCGGGCCACCUUCAGACAUUGACAAGAGCGCAGCGACGAACUGUGCUUACAGAUCCAGAAUCUCCACCUCGAUGCUCGGACGGAAUUGCAUGAUCCCCUGGCGAAGAGUCCGAGCUACACCAUACCUCAAAGCAUGCAGCAACCCCACGACAGAGGACAUAGUCUUUGACGCUCACUGCCAGAUGUGGUUCAUUCACGACCGAUACAUGGAUAAAAUAUAUUCCUUUGAGUUUGGAGAGUUGGAACAUUUCGAACGGCAUCAAAUCCUCUCGGAAGCCAGAGAUCAUCAUAUGAACUUCUUCCGCCAGAUGGGCCGCGAUCUUGAACUUCGAAAGAACAACAUGAACCCCCAGGUCAUUCUCCUCCACAUGGUCUACAACAUGUCGCUGCUUCUGAUACAUCGGCCAUAUCUCAGGGAACCGAAGGAGAGUACCGCCCAUCAAUUAUCCGUCCGAACAAACAUGACCUCCGCGCACGCCCUUGUCAGAUUGAUCCGCCAAUACGAAAAAGAGGCCAGGAUUGAGGAUGCCCCGUUCUUUGCGAUACACUGCAUUCUUACAGCUGCUGUGAGCCUGUUGCUGAAUGCGACAUCGUCUAACUCGACUAUUCGCAGCCAAUCGGUACACCGGUUCCGAGUCUGUGUUGACGCACUGGACAAGAUGAAAAGAUGGACAAGGGCAAAGCGAGGUUUACUUCUUCUCAGAGAGCUGGCCAACAGGUGGAACGUUGUUUCGGCGUUACCCUUGAGGCACAGCGUUCCUCUUGCACCGACACAUGAGACUCCAGCCGACACCAAUGACCUCGAUUGGGGGAUGCUGUUUGCCAAUCUUGAGGAGCCUCUGAAUUUGGAUACCAUCGACCUCUCAACGCCUACGGGGGAAUGGGUGUUCCACGAAAGCGACUAG